CCACGUCUCCUUGGUGCAGCUCACCCUGCGCUCCGAGGGCUUCGACACGUACCGCUGCGACCGGAACCUGGCCAUGGGAGUGAACCUCACCAGCAUGUCCAAUAUAUUAAAAUGUGCUGGCAACGAAGACAUUAUUACACUAAGGGCUGAAGAUAAUGUGGACACCUUGGCGCUAGUAUUUGAAGCACCAAAUCAUGAGAAAGUAUCAGACUGUGAAAUGAAGUUAAUGGACUUAGAUGUUGAACAACUUGGAAUUCCAGAGCAAGAGUACAGCUGUGUCGUAAAGAUGCCUUCUGGUGAAUUUGCACGUAUAUGCCGAGAUCUCAGUCAUAUUGGAGAUGCAGUUGUAAUUUCUUGUGCAAAAGAUGGAGUCAAAUUUUCCGCAAGUGGAGAACUUGGAAAUGGAAACAUUAAGUUGUCACAAACAAGUAAUGUCGAUAAAGAAGAGGAAGUUGUUACUAUAGAGAUGAAUGAGCCAGUGCAACUAACUUUUGCACUGAGGUACUUGAAUUUCUUUACAAAAGCCACUCCACUCUCUCCUANAUAA